UCUUCCCCAGCCCCGGCUAUAAAUCCGCCCCGUGCUCCUUGACCCGACCCGAGGCACGUGGGAUGUGCGUGGGAUACGGGCUUGACCCCAAAGCACAUUCCUGCGCUGCCUCAGUUUCCCCUCUCCCCCAACCCCAUCCCUGCUGAGCCCCAACGCAGCUGCAGCGUUUGGGGGUGGGGGGUCAAAGCUCUGUCCCCCCCCCAUCCCUCAUAUCCAGGGCCCCUUCCAGCAGCUCUGCACAUCUUCCCGACCAGCAGAUGUUUGCAGCUUCUUUCCCCCACCCCCUUCAUGGCUGCAGCCAUGGGGACAUCACCGACCUCAUCCCACACCUGAGUGCUGCAGUUGGGGAUGGGGAACAGUGCGGUGCUCAGCCCCCAUCCAUAGCAUCCCCCCCUGACCCCACGCAUAGAGAUGGGAUUCCCAUGUGUGUGUGUGUGGAGCUGCCUUGGGGCUGGGCUGUGCUGGGAGCUGUGUGGGUUGUGGUCCCGAGGCUGUGGGAUCCUGGAGCAUUUGGGAUCCUGAGGAUGUGGGAUGCUGGAGCUUUUGGGGCUGGCAAGGAUUUGGGAUGCUGAAGUGUUUGUGGACCUGGAGCGUUUGGGGACCUGGAGCAUUUGGGAUGCUGGAGUGUUUGGGAAUCCCAAGGGUUUGGGAUGCUGAGGGUUUGAAAGCCAGGAGGAUUUGAGAUGCUGGAGCAUUUGGGAUUCUGGAACGUUUGGGGACCCUGAGAUUUGGGAUCCUGGAGGAUUUGGGAUGCUGCAGUGUUUGGGGUGCUGGAAGAUUUGGGAUGCUGCGUGAUUUGGGGAUCCCAAGGAUUUGGGAUGCUGGAGGGUUUUGGGAUCCUGAGAUUUGAGGCCUAGGGGGAUUUGGGAUGCUGGAGCAGAUGGGGAUCCCAAGGAUUUGGGAUCCUGGACUGUUUGGGAUGCUGGAGGAUUUGGGAUGCUGGAGGAUUGGGGGAUCCCAAGGAUUCGGGAUCCUGGAGCAUUUGGGAUUCAGAAGCGUUUGGGAGCCCUGAGAAUUUGGGAUCCUGUAGGAUUUGGGAUUCUGGAACAUUUGGGGUGCUGGAGCAUUUCAGGGACUGCUGGAGCCUUUAGGAGGUGCUGGGCCAUACAGGGAGGUACAGGAGUGUUUGGGACACUGUAGGAUUUGGGGCAGCUCUGCAGUGUUUGGGGUCACUGUGCUGUGUGGGUGACGCUGGGACACUGAGGGGACACUGAAGCAUUUGGGAUGCUGAAGGUUUCUGGGGGAUGCUGCAGGAUUUGGGGAUGCUGAAGGUUUCUGGGGGGAUGCUGUAGGAUUUGGGGACUCACGAUGCUCCGCUGCACUCAGUGGGUGGGUGGAGGGGAUGGGGGGUGUGCAUGGCCCGUGUGUGUGCACACGUGUGUGCAAGGCUCCAGCUGAGCCUUGUGGCCGUGCAAUGGGAUGGACGGACGGACGGACACAUCCCUCCUGACCUGGAAUUUCCCCACAGAGCCUGAAGGAGGGACAGGAGCGCAUUGACCUCCUCACCCCUUUUCCUAUGGGGGGUGGGGGGUUGGUUGGGAUUAGGGGCUGCUUCCUGCUCUGUGUCUCUCAGCACGGGUUCCAUCCUGCUCUCAGAGGGGGGGUCCCAUCCGAGGGGCCCAUUGCAGCCCCAUUGCAGCCCCAUUUCUGCCCCCUCUCCCCAUUCAGCCUCCGGGCGCAGCGCCGCGCGGGGAGGAAGGUGGAAAAUCGCUGGGAGGAAGGAGCUGAAGGCGGGAGUGAUAAAUAUUGAAAGGGUGGGAUUUCGAUGUAGGCUGCAACAGCUGUGCUGGUUACAGUGUCACACUAUCUCUCCACAGGUUUACUGACCCAUUUCCAUUCACACGGCUGCCAGUAUCUUAGCAACUGCAACAGUCCCCCAAGAACAGGCGUAUUGCCUGCUAUUAGCGACUGCUGCAACUGUGUCAAGAUGGGAGCUCGGUCGCCUGCCAGCCCGGCGCACUGGAGAACGGUGCCAGCCCUCCUGCAGAGUGGUUCCCGCGCGCCCAGGGCCCCCGCCAGCCCAACAGAGUGAACCUGCACUGCAAACACCCGCGGACCAGAUCGCAGGCUGCCUCCCCCAGCCCCUGCCCCGCGCGCAGCCCCGACGGCAGGGUGGUGAUGGGCACCGGCUGUGCCGGCUCGGGAGCACCCCGGGGAGGAGCAGCCCCUGAGAGCUCAAGUGCAAUAGCAGAAGCAGCAGCAAAGCCGAGGGUCCCCGCCUCACCUUCCCCGACCCCCAUGUCAGCACCUGCUCAGCCCAGCGGCACGCGGGGGAGGAGGAGGUCAGGAUGCGCGUGAAGCCCCCGGGCCCAGUGGUAACGACCAGCGUUGUGCGAGGCUCGCCCGACUACGUCCGAGAGCCCAAAUUCUACCCUCCGGGGCACCCGGCGCAGCAGCCCCCCGCGUGCCCGGCCGAGAAAGCCUUGUCCUGCAGCGUGCUCAGCUUCCCUGAGGGCUCGUGCCCGGCGCUGGGCCGGGAGCACCAGGCGGGUUCGCUGCUGCACGGCGACCCGGCCGACCGGUGCCAGGGGGUGCAGGGCGGCACCAAGGAGGCCGAGGAGCUGCUGGGUUGUGCUGGAGAACCCCGGAUCCUGGGGGGCAGCGCGGAGGAAGCAGCCGCCCACGAUCGGGCGCCCGACACCUUCCCCAACGCGACGCUGGCCUCGGGCCGCUGCAACGUCGACAGCAUCGUCGCGCUGCUCCGGAGCAAGUGCGGCAACGGGCACAUCAACCUUCACCCCGUGGUGCAGCUCAUCGACAUCAUGAAGGACCUCAACCGUCUCUCCGAGGACCUCAAGAGCAGCGGGGUGCACCUGGACUGCGGCAGCCUGCGCGGCAGCGGCGGUGGCCAGGAGGACGGUCGGCUGCUGCCCGCUGACCGCGACCUGCAGUACAGCUUCUUCUCCUCGCCCUCCCUGGCCAACAGCAUCCGCAGCCCUGAGGAGCGUGGGGUGCACUGCAAAGCUGAGCCGCCGCGGCACCCCCGGCCUCCAGCCCGCGAUGGGGAGGGUGAGGGCGGUGGGGGGAGCGCCCCGCAGCCCCCAGCCUCUGGCAAAACCCCCGCUGAGGAAGCAGGGUGCUCGCAGCCCGAUGCUGGUGACUACUCCGAGCUGGCCGAGGCGGACAUCCUCAAUGAGCUGGCAUCGCUGGCGUGCCCGGGGACGCAGCUGCUGGAGUCGCAGCCGAUGGAACCGCAGCCCCAGUUGCUCCCGGCCCAAGAGCUGGACUCCCAGUCCCGGCUGCUGGAUUCCCAGUCCCUGGAGUCGCAGCCCCAGCUGCUGGAUGCGCAGAGCUUAGAGCCGCUACCGGAGUCGCUGGAACUGCAGAACCUGGAGCCGCUGGGGCUGCAGUCGCUGGAGCCACUCUCCGAGUCCUUGGAGCUGCAAUCUCUGGAGCCACUUUCCGAAUCGCUGGAGCUGCAGUCUCUGGAGCCGCUGGCCGAGCCGCUGGGGCUGCAGACGCUGGAGCCGCUGCCCGGAGCGCUGGAGCCACAGCUCCUGGAGGCACGAGCCCCACUGCUGCCCUCCGAGCCAUCCCUGCUGCAGCCGCAGCCACUGGGCCCCGUGUCGGAGCUGCUGGAGGCGCAGCCGGGCGCCGGGGACCCCCUACGGCCCCACAGCCUGCAGCCCCGCCUGGGGGGCUGCCCGCUGAGCGGCGUGGUGAAACGUGGCCCCUGUGGGGGUCGGGGGGCUGGGAGGUGUGGGGAGGACCACCGCAAGUACGCGCUGCGCCGGACUGACAAACCAAAGAUGCUGUGCCGCCGCAGGAGGGCAGGGCGAGGGCGGAGGGCUGACAUCGUCCCCGAGAGCCGCGUCCUGCCCCUCGCCCUACCCGCUGAGCUUCCCCCCGGGCCUGAGGAGCCCAGCACCCCGCUGCUGGGCCCCCCGCCACCCCCCGAAGCCCUGGAGCCCGAUGAGGUGCCCAAGACCCCCGCAGCGGCGGGGAAGAAGAGCAAGUGCCGCGGGGUGCGGAAGAUGGUGGUGAAGAUGGCCAAGAUCCCAGUGUCGCUGGGGAGGAGGAACAAAACCACCUACAAGGUGUCGUCACUCAGCAGCAACCUGAACCUGGAGGGCAAGGAGCUGGCGGCCAGCAGCUCCAUGGAGCCCACGCCGCUGCUCAAGAUGAAGAACAAUGGGCGCAACGUGGUGGUGGUCUUCCCCCCUGGCGAGAUGCCCAUCAUCCUGAAGCGCAAGCGGGGCCGGCCCCCCAAAAACCUGCUGCUGGGCCAAGCCAAGCCCAAGGAGCCGGUCCCAGAGGUGAAGAAGAGGAGGAGAAGGAAGCAGAAGCUGGCCUCGCCGCAGCCCUCCUACAUCGCCGACACCAACGACAGCAAGGCCGACUACUCGGACGUGUUGGCCAAGCUGGCGUUCCUCAACCGGCAGAGCCAGUGCUCGGGGCGCUGCUCCCCGCCGCGCUGCUGGACGCCCAGUGAGCCCGAGUCCAUCCACCAGGCGCCCGACACGCAGAGCAUCUCCCACUUCUUGCACCGCGUGCAGGGCUUCCGGCGGCGUGGCGGCAAGGCGGGCGGUUUCGGUGGGCGCGGAGGAGCACAUGCAGCCCGCGCCUCCCGCUGCUCCUUCAGCGACUUCUUUGAGGGCAUUGGGAAGAAGAAGAAGGCGCCCGCCGCCCUGCACGCUGACCCCGUGCACCCGCGCAAGAGGGGCCGGCCGGAGCCCGACCCCGUGGGCAAACCCAAGCGCAAGCGGCGGACCCGCAAGAACGGGGUGCUGUUCCCCGAGCAGAACCCCGGGCAGAGCUUCAGCGACAGUGCCUCCGAGUGGGCCGGGGACAAGGGCAGCCCCUGGGCCCCACAUCACGGCCACACCGCCGGCCAGCCCGGCCGCAACUGCGGCUACCAGGGGGCUGAUGCGCGGCCUUUCCACGCCGCCGCACUGGAGUCGGGCUCCUCGGGCCGCGCCGGGUUCUAUGCGGGCAGCGCGGGCUCCUCGCAGGCCGAGGUGGGCCAGGAGCGGCACAGCCUCUUCACGGGGUACUUCCGCUCCUUGCUGGACUCGGACGAUUCCUCCGACCUGCUGGACUUCGCCCUCUCGGCCUCGCGCUCUGAGUCCCGCAAGUCGGCGGCCUAUACAGCCCCACCAGGCGCCAUGGCGGCACAGCGCGGUGGGAUGGCGGCCUACCCGGCGCGGGGUGGCAAGGUGCCAGCAGCCGCGGGCCCCGGUGCCGAGGCCUUCCACGCGGCCAUGCAGGCCCGGCAGGCCUUCCCUCCCGGCCGCCCGGCCGCUGGUUACGGUGUCAGCCAGGCGGGCUCCUCGGAGUGCCGCGGUGCUGAGGCCUUCCCCAAACUGGUGCCGCCUUCCGCCGUGUCCCGCUCGCCCACCGCGCACCCGGCGGGCACGGCCGGCUUCCCACAGUACGGCGGGUACAGCGCGGGGCAGAGCGUCACCCCCGCCAGCGUCUUCCCCCCGGGGAAGCAGUACCCCCCGGCACAGGAGUGCCCCACCAGCAAGGACUGCAGCUUUGCCUAUGGCAGCGGCAGCAGCCUGCCCUCGUCCCCCAGCAGCGCACACAGCGCCGGCUACGCGCAGCAGAGCGCGGGGCCCAGCCUGCCGCUGGGCAAGGCCUCCUUCUUCAAUAGUGCCGAGGGCGGACAGUUCUCCAGCGCCGCGCACACCCCACUGCGCUGCGACAGCCGUGCCAGCACCGUGUCUCCCGGUGGCUACAUGGUGCCCAAAGGGUCGGCCUCCUUCCAGCCUUCCCCCGAGAACUGCCGGCCGUUCCCCAGCACGUCGCAGUGGGCGUUCCGGCAGGGCUACGGCGGGCUGGAGUGGAGCUCGGAGGCGUUCAGCCAGCUCUAUAACCCGGGCUUCGAGUGCCACCUCAAUGAGCCCAACGUCAUCCUGGACAUCUCCAACUACACCCCGCAGAAGGCCAAGCAGCAGACGGUGUCCGAGACCUUCUCCGAGUCGUCCUCCGACAGCACGCAGUUCAACCAGCCGGCCGGAUACCGGCGCGCCAACAGCGAAGCCUCGUCCAGCGAGGGCCAGUCCAGCCUGUCCAGCCUGGAGAAGCUGAUGAUGGACUGGAAUGAGGCGUCCUCGGCCCCCGGCUACAACUGGAACCAGAGCGUCCUCUUCCAGAGCAACUCCAAGCCGGGCCGGGGCCGGCGGAAGAAGGUGGACAUGUUCGACGCGUCGCACCUCAGCUUCUCCUCCUCAUCCUCCUCCUCCUCCGUCUACCCCUCCAAGCGCAGCACGGGGCCCCGGCAGCCGCGGGGCUCUCGCGGGGCGUGCGCCUCCAAGAAGGAGCGGGGCACGGGCAAGGCCAAGUUCCCCAGCAAGGCGCAGGCGGUCAACCCGCUCUUCCAUGAGAGCACGGACCUGGGCUUGGACUACUACAGCGGGGACAGCAGCAUGUCCCCACUGCCCUCGCAGUCGCGGGGCUUUGGGGUGGGUGAGCGGGACCCCUGCGACUACGCCGGGCCCUACUCCAUGAACCCCUCGACGCCGUCGGACGGGACGUUCGUGCAGGGCUUUCAGAGCGACUCACCUGGCUUGGGGCAGCCGGAGCUGGAGGGCAAGCACUUCCCUGCCCUGCCCCACCAGCUGGCAGCCCCCGGGCAGCAGGCUGUCUUCGAGGCCGGCCUCCAGAAAGCCUUCUCGCCCAACUGCUCACCCACCUUGGCCUUCAAGGAGGAGCUGCGGGCGGGCGAGCUGCGCAAACUGCCCGCCUGCGACUCGCUCAAGCACAGCAUGCAGGGGGGGUCCCUCCCGCACGGCCCCCACGUGGCGUGCCGCGACCUCGCCAUGCCGCAGCCGCACUACGAGUCCCCCAGCUGCAAAAACCCCCCGUACUGGUACUCGCCCACCGCCAGCACGCGCAGCCCUUCCUCGUACGACGGCAAGGCGGGCUCCAUGCUGGUGGACUUCAUGGGCAGGACGGACCCCUCGUGUCUCAACCCCCAUUUGAGCAGCCCCGGCGGCCCCCACCCCUCCAAGGGCGAGAAGGAGCCCUUGGAGAUGUCCCGCGCCCACCACCGCGGCCCCUACGCCUGUCCCCUGAUCAAUGACUUGAACAUCUCCCCCGUCCCGAGGGACUCCAUGCUGCAGCUGCAGGACAACUACAGGUACCCCACGUUUGCACCCCAGGGGCACCCAGUUAUGGGCCCGGCCCAGAAGAGCGGGUUCUUGGGGCCGAUGGUGGAGCAGCACCCCGAGGACACGUUUACGGUCACCUCAUUGUAGUGCCACUGACGUGCCAAGCGGACAGCGAGGUUUUCUUACAGGAGGUAAUUUAGCCAGCACUUUUUUUCUGGAACACUUUUCAAGUUCUGUAUUUAACUGGGAUUGGAGCCGUUUGUUUCGUUUUCUAUGAAAAAGAGAAAAAAAAAAAACAAAAAAAAAUGACAAAAACAAAAAAGAUUUUAAAAAAAGGAAAAAAAAAAACAACCCAAAAAAGGCCAAAAAAAUAAAACCAACAACCCCACAAAAACCCCCAACAACGAAUUAUCAGAUACGAGGGGAAAAAACAAACUCAACCCAACAAAACAAAUGGAAGAAGAGAAAAGGAAGAGAGAGACAAGCCCUGGUUUCCCCCCCCCUUACCCCCACCCUCACUCCCCCCUAAACCCUUCAUACUCCAACCCGCUCCUUCUCACCCCUCAACCCGGCGCUGCUUUCCGGACUGCCCCACAGAAGGACAAUCGGAUGGAUGGACGCACAUGGGGGGCAGCAGCCCGGACCCCCACAACCCCCAACCCCUCUCCCUGGUGCCGUGGGGCCCCUUGGCCACCCUUAGAGGGGGGGAUUUGGUUUGUUGUUUUCUUUUCCCUCCCAUUUUCUCGCUUGCUGGGGGUGUUUUUGUCGUGCCGGAUGGUGCUGAGCGCCACGAGAGACUUGGGCUGCUUCGCCGUGGGUCCCCGAGAUGCAGCUGUCACCCACCCCCCCAGCAGCGCAUCCCGUGCCCUCCGCCGGCCCCAAGAGAGCAGAGAGAAGGAGAGAGGAGGGGGCUCCGCUUCUCCCUCCCACCUCCCCCCCCCCAAUCGGAAUCAGAGGGGACUCUUCGCGUUCGGAGCUGCCGAUUCUUUGGGCUGUUUUCAGUUCUCGUUUGGAUCCCGUUUCGUUUCCUGCACAAACACACACACAUACAAACUAAAACCAACCCGACCAGCAGCUGUAAAUACUUUUGAGGUAAAAAAAAAAGACAA